AUGUAUGAUUGUGAGACAGCAGGAAUUUCAUUUCCGUGUGACGUAGUCAGUUUCGUCGAAAUAUCAGCUAUCAAACAGCUUUUUGAAGCUGAAUCAAAACGUCAAGGAAAAUAUUUUGAUUCACCACACUCUGCCAACAAAAUCCCUAGCUUUAUUAAACUCUAUCAUCUUAAAACUGAUGAAUUACUAGAACCAGACAUAAGCAAAUACAAGUCCUUCAAUGACUUUUUUUAUAGAAAAUUGAAGCCCAACGCCAGAACCAUUGCUGAUCCUGGUAAUGAUAAUAUUUUUGUUUCGGCUGCGGAUUGUUCCAUUGCAAUAUUUCGUUUGGCACCUCAAGAUUAUCAUCGAUUUCAUUCUCCAGUUACUGGUGUGGUUGGAUCAUCGAAAUAUGUUAAUGGCACUUAUUAUACUGUGAACCCUAUGGCUGUCAAUGAAGAUCUUAACGUAUUUACAGAAAACGUUCGAUCUAUGCUUCUUCUUCACCCAUCCAUGCCGGGCGCAUCCAAAGUGGUGUUCAUCGCCAUUGGUGCUCUUUUGGUUGGUUCAAUCAAGUACACAUUAAAAGAGGGUGAUCAAGUUUUUAAAGGUGAUGAAUUAGGUUAUUUUGCCUAUGGUGGAAGUACCAUAAUAUGCUUAUGGCCAAAGGGAGAGAUUAAAUUUGACAAUGAUUUAGUGUCAAAUUCUAUGGCAAGCAUUGAAACAUUGGUAAAAGUUGGAAUGAGAAUUGGUGUUAGAGCUUCAGUUCCUCCCUCUGAUUCCGAAUAA